AUUGAGACCGAGUGUUGGUCGUGAAUGCGAGUUUGACCUAAAUUAUGCAAUGUUGAUGGCACGGCGCGUCGCAUGUGCGCCGCGGACGUCAUGACUGAAGCAGGGAGCGUGAACUGGACGCCGGCGGGAGACGGCUGGGUUGCAUCAGUCGCUUCAUCCUGAUGCAACAUCCACAUGUAAACUGUCGGCCCAUUUCUGCUCUAUAUGUAACCUGAUUUUUGCAGCAUGAUCUCAUGAAGAUACCUGAUGUUAAAGCCUGUUGUUAAAGAAGAAGAAUAUAUUUAUUUUGGAAAACAAUACCUUAAAGAUUGUUAUUAAGCUUAAUAACAGCUUAAAUUGUUAUAUGGACAGAUCAUAACAUAACCAGGAAGCUGGAAGAGUGCCCUAGAUGCUGAAAAAAGCUCACAUGUAGGAGGAUGAAAGAGGAGGAAGACAGUGCAACAAUAGGAAAGACACCUACUCAUUUUAGCUGCUGGUGAUGGUGUUGCAGUUUAGUUUUUUAUGUUUUGCACUGAAAAAAUGGAUGCAGACACUUUUUUAUUUCCUUAGUUACAAUAAUAAAACACUGAUCUGAAAAAAAAGUACGUUUUUGCUCUUAAAAGUAAAAAAAGGUCCACAUCAUAGCAUAUUUGGUCACGCAUGUGAUGCAACACAAACUAACAGGCAUUUUUGCAACUAUCAAAAUCUGAAAAAUGUAUCUAACUAAAAUUCUAACUAUUCUACCUAAUUAGAUUUAUUUUGCAAAUAAAAUACAACAAAGAACUAAGUCGGGAUCAGCUUCCCGGCAUGAAUCCAGCUGGUAAACCUCAUUUUUAGUUUAUUUUUAGUCAGCUCUGAAUGUUAUCAGAUGAAAAGAAUCAAAGAUUUUGCUGGUCAUCAGUUAUGAAACGUGGAGAGUUCAUGGAGAAGAAAUGGGUAAAAACUUUUGAAAGUGUGAUCCUUGAUGUCCACCUGCCAGCGGUGUAAAAAUAUAUCAAGACCAACCAGUUAUGGAUCUUUGUCUUGCAGAGAGCAGAGGAAAAUGGGACAGGUCUUGGUAGCAAGGCACAAGCAGCACUAUUUUGGUUGGUAUAAAAAUAGUCAACCGGGCAUUGUUUGCUGCAGUUGCGAUGUUUCGAUGGGUGUGUUACGAAAGUUGAAAUGAGCAGAAGCUGUAAUAUUUGGUCUGUCAGCAUGCCAGGACUAUCUUUUCACCGUGCUGCCAUUGAAAGGGGCAGCAAAGACAUAAACAGGCCCAGUGGGAUUAGGACCCACUCAGAGGAGUGAUCAGGGGGAUUUGCUGCCCGGCGGGCACACAAUGGCACUGUCGCGUCACACACAAACACACUCUACACAUGUUCCCCGACGAAGUUUCACAACAGACCCAAGCCUACAUAAAUCUGAUUAGAACUCCCUUUUGUUUGGGGAGCGACGGCGGGGUUAACGCAGGCUAGCCUCGCCGCAGGCUAUAUGAUGGGACAGGGGGCGUGUGCUGACGUCGGAGGCGUGAAAGUGUAAAAAAAAUCUGGGGGGCACGUUGUGUUGUGGUGGAGUGUUUUCACGUGUCUGAAGCCCCAGACAGACAGGGGAGUGUCAUAGCUGUGCGUGGAAGCACAAUAACAGGAUGCAUAAAAGGCUUUUUUUUCUCUCCCGCUGUGUGUACGUUCUUGUGUCAGCUGAUGGUGGUGGAUGGCGACAGGAUCUAAGCAAACAUGAGACAACGGCAGCAUUGGCAGACACGAAGACCGUGCCGGCUCUGGCCUAGGCUGCAGCCAUGCCUCUUCUGGAAGAGACCACCGUGCCACAAGAGCAUCCACCUACCCUCCCUGUGGUCAUCAUCGGUAACGGGCCGUCGGGUAUUUGCCUCUCCUACCUGCUCAGCGGAUACAAGCCUUACUUAGACACGACUACUGUCCACCCGAACCCCAUGUUGUUCAGAAAACUGCAGGAAACCAAGCACAUCCCCAUAACCGAGCAGGAUCUGGAAUAUUUAAGCGAAGGUCUUGAAGGGAGGUCAAGGAAUCCCGUGGCUGUUCUGUUUGACACUCUCCUGCACCCCAACGCGGACUUUGGCUACGAGUUCCCUCCUGUCCUCAAAUGGAGGAGAGACAAGCAGCAGCACAUCCCACACAUGGUUCUGGGGAAGGCAACACCUGGAGGAGCUUGGCAUGCAAUGGAAGGGUCGAUGCUGACGAUUAGUCUGGGCAUCUGGAUGGAGCUUCCUGGUGUUAACUACAGGGAUUUGACGGGUGGUAAACACAGGGAUGUAACCAGCGACAGAGCCACCCCCGAGGAAAUCUCAACUUAUUAUCGUGACUAUGUGAAGCUAAAAGGUCUCCAGAAAAAUUUUGUUGACAACACCUACGUGACCUCUGUCCAGAAACUCUGCCGGGGGCAGGAGGUGGAAGCUCUGGAAAACGGGCAAACCGAUCAAGGAGAGGACGGCAGGGUGGGAGACGGUGAUAAUGAGGGCUUUGGGGGGAAUGGAAAGGAGUGUGUAAACAAUGGCGGCGCUCUGUGGGAAAUAAGGGGAUAUCAGCAGGUGCAGAGUGACACUCAUGUCCCCUUCUGUCUGUUUGCUGAAAAUGUAGUCCUGGCCACUGGUGCGUCCGACUCUCCGGUUCGAUUGGGUGUAGAGGGGGAGGAUCUACCUUUUGUAUUCCACAGUAUCUCAGAUCUGGGCUUGGCUGUAAGUCAGAAGAGGCUAGAUAUGAACUCUGACCCGGUCCUAAUUAUCGGCGCUGGUUUAAGUGCUGCCGAUGCGGUCCUGUGUGCUCGCCACAGCAACAUUAGAGUUCUGCAUAUUUUUCGCAAAGGCGUAGACAAUCCAGACCUCAUCUUUAAGCAGUUGCCUAAGACCUUGUACCCCGAGUACCACAAAGUGUACAACAUGAUGUGCUCUCAGACCUACAUGAACGUACCCCCUUCCUCUGCCACGUUCAGACCGCAGGCAGUUAGUAUUGCCUCGUCGGUGUGUGCCAAAAUGUGUCCCAAACCCCAGUUUGCUGCAGAUGAAGGUGCCAGUGCCAGGCUUUUUUCUGACUACACCAGUUUUCCAGAACACUGCUUGGUGUCCUUUCAGCCUGACAGGAAGUGUUUGCUGCAGGGGGACAAUUCCUUAAAGGCUUUCAAGAUAUCGUUGGCGUUGGUGCUGAUUGGAACCAACCCGAACCUGUUCUUUUUGAAGGGACAGGGGCAAUACUUGGGCAAGGACCCAACGAGACCCAUCUCCUGCAAACAGAACCCCAUUGACAUCGAUCCGUACACUUAUGAGUGCACCAAGGAGCCGGGGCUGUUUGCCAUGGGCCCCCUGGUGGGAGACAACUUUGUUCGCUUUUUAAAGGGUGGCGCUCUGGGCAUCGCUUCCUGUCUGCUGAAGAGGCUCAAGAAGAGAGAAAAGCUCAUCAGUAAUGGAAGAAAUAAUAUCAUUUAGAAAAAACAAAACAGAAACAGGUCUUACAGCACAUUUAAACCCACAAAUUGGCAUCUAAGAAAGUAUUUUACAUGUUUAAGAGACCAAAAUAUGAAGUUUUCAGCAUUUUUUUCUGACUUCCUUUGAAGUCUCCAUACAAACCAGGACUGACCAACUCUGGUUUUGAGAUCCACCACCCUCUUUGGUUUAUCAAUACCUUAUUUGCUGUUGAUAAGGCUCUUGAUUUACACCUGAUCUCAGCUGUAAGUGGAGCAGAAGACAUGCAGGACGGUAGAUCUCGGAUCAGAGUUGAGCUCUGGUCUCAGCUUUAACUUGUGCCAAUGUUUUUCUAGUUGAUCUGCAACCUUAAGACAAAACAGGACCUUAUCACCAGGGGUUCUUAUGCUUUUACCACGUGUCUUCUAUCCAUAGAUGGAAACAUUAUCUUUACUUUUACUUAGUUUACUCUGAGGAAACACAAAUAAAGGCCAUAUCACAAUUUCUUCACUUGCCGGUGUCAUCCCAGUGAUGGGUGACAAAACUAGUUAAUAAACUACCAAAUUUAAACUUUAUGUAGCAAAUCAUUACAGAUUCACCUUUAUAGCUCAUGGCUCUAUUAUAACUCAGAGCUGCUAUUGUUCUAAAUAUUAAGCCAGUCCCCCAUCCUGCUGACCAAAAUCUAUCUUCCCUCUCUGCUCCAAUUUCAGGCAGUUUCUGCCUCAAUUAAAUGAGUGGAGCCGCUUGCUUCUGCGACUAUGAAGGGCUUUCUAUGCAAACUGGUGCAUAUCUGAAUGUAUAUGCUUGCACAUUCACAGCCAAUUUUACUGAAAAGCACCCCUGAGAAUUCUGCUCAUCUCAGACGUCACAUUUAAGCUAAAAUGUAACUCUUGCUUUUUUAAUUAUUUUCCCAAAAUAACAAAAGUUUAGCUUUAAAUGAGAGCAGCUACUCAUUUUAAUUCUUUAAUUGUGCUAAAAAAAUACAGUAAACAUUUGACAGCAGUUUUAAGAUGAACAACUUUAUCUGUACUUUUGCAUUUUCAUGGGGUUUGAGAAAAAUCUGUGACAGAAAUUCUCUAAAUCUGACAAGUAAAUGUUUAACCUGCAGCACAUGAUGUGUGUAGACUUAAAACCUAGAAGUAGUUCAUUUAAAACCACUUAGAUAUAGCAAUCAUCUACACUGAUGUGCUUAUUUGUAACAUUUUUAAUAACUAACACAGACUGACUCAUUAUAGGAAUACAACUUUAUUUUUCUUCAGGACAAACAGGAGCCAAACAUUCACAGGUGACUUCAUUCUCUAUUUCUUCCUCAUUCUACUUCCUUAAGCAGGGAUUUGAACACUAUAUUUGCCAUACAUGUAAAGGAUGUGUUGCUCACAUACAUCUUAUGCUUUGUUUGUUUUUUUUUGCCAAAAUACAUGCCUGUGCUUGGGAUACUGCAUCACAAAAAGUAUAUAUGCUGUGCAGUCCUAUUAGUAUUCCACUAACCAAAUAUUUGAGAGCUGUAUGUUUUUGAGUUUUGUCAUUUAUUUAGUUGAUAGUUAACUUUGGAUUAAGCAUAAUUUGACUUUUUUCUCCCCACUCUGUACUGAAUAUUGUUUGGAUAUAAAUAUCAAAUGUAUGCAUGUAGGCAUGAGCCUACCACAGCUGCUAUGAGCAGAGGAUGUCAAAGAGCUACAAGGGAAAUGGUGGAUUUUAUUAAAAAAUAUAUAUUUUUUGUUGCUAUACUUAAAAGUAGAAAUACAAGAAACAGCUGUGAAAUACCGCUUAGAUAAAAUGAAGUUUUAUUUGAUUUUGUCAUGCUGUUAGUUGAGUAUUGAUCUGAUUUAGUGGUAAAUUUGAAAACGGUCAGUUUGAUUCUGCAGCCCAUAAAGAAUAAAGCCAACUUUGCUUACUGCACAGACCUUGCUGAAUGCUAACUCCUAAACAUGUGAAUACGAUGGAGAAGCCUUCAAAAAGGCCGCUAGAUGAGUGGCAACUAGUAAUGUGAACUGCUCAGAUGUGGAAAAGUGCCUGAAAGUUGGCUCACUGAUGGUCGCUUAAGAGAAAAAAUAUUUAGGAAAAAACUUGAAUCCCUCUCAAAUCCGUAGUUCUGCUGAAACCAGGGAACAUACUGUGAGUCUCUAAGAAGAAUGUGGAGCUGGGAGUUUUUACUGUUUUUGUAUGGUCUAUUUUUUAUUAACGAUAAAUAAAGACUUCAGCAAAAAAAAA